AUGAGUGCUGUAGGGGGAGACGUGGAGCAGUGUGUGAAGUGUCCUGAAGAUCAGUAUUCAAACAUUGCGAGAGAUGGCUGCCUUCACAAAGUGGUGACUUUCUUGUCCCCCAAAGAACCGUUGGGGCUGAUCCUGGUCUGCAUGACCCUCUCCUUCUUUCUCCUCACAGCCCUGGUUGUAGGGGUCUUCGCUAAGCACCGAGACACCCCCAUAUUCCGAGCCAAUAACCUCAAUCUCAGCUACACCCUCCUCAUCUCCCUCAAACUUUGCUUCCUCUGUGCCCUUACCUUCAUCGGCCAACCCACCCUAGCCUCCUGCCUCCUCCGCCAAAUGGCUUUUGGAGUUGUGUUCACUGUAUCCAUCUCCUCCAUUUUGGCCAAGACUGUCACCGUGAUUAUGGCCUUCAGGGCCACGAGCUUGGGGAGCAGAGUCAGAAAGUGGGUGGGGCCCAGAGCCUCCAUCUCAAUAGUCCUGUCCUGCUCCCUGGUCCAGGUGACCAUCUGUGUGAUCUGGUUGGGCACCGCUCCCCCAUUCCCGGAGAUGAACACAAGCUCUGAGCCCGGACUCAUUAUCAUAGAGUGUAACGAGGGCUCUGUGAUUGCCUUCUAAUGUGUCCUGGGCUACCUGGGUUUUCUGGCCCUGGUGAGCUUCACUGUGGCUUUCCUGGCCAGGAGGCUGCCCGACAGCUUCAAUGAAGCCAAGUUCAUCACGUUUGGCGUGCUGGUGUUCUGCAGCGUCUGGGCCUCCUUCCUCCCCGCAUACCAGGGCACCAAGGGGAAGUCCACAGUGACCACAGAGAUCUUCUCCAUCCUGGCCUCCAGUGCCGGGCUUCUUGGCUGCAUCUUCAUCCCAAAGUGCUAUGUCAUCCUGCUUCAGCCUGAAAGGAACACCAGGGAGUGGUUGAAGAGGAAAUGA